AUGAGCGCGCGCUGGGAAGCGGAGAGCAGCCGGAGUCCCGUUAGUACGGGUGGUACCCUACAAAAUGGCAUCUACCGCAGGAUCCGUGUCAAAGUGUGACUCUCCGACUCGGAUAAUGACGGCCUUUCGAAGCAAAAGCGAAACGAGCGAAUCGUCCAGCUCCGGCCUCGUCGACAAUGAAUACACGGAGAAGCUCCUUCGGAUCGUCAAAAAAGAGGUAAAACAGAUUAUGGAAGAGGCUGUGACGAGAAAGUUUGUUCACGAAGAAAGCAGCAGCAUCACAUCACUUUGCAGUGCGGUUGACGCAUGCCUAUCUCACGGGCUAAAGCGUCGUGCGCUCGGCCUUUUCAAGACAAAUUCCACGACUGCUCUCCUCCAAAAGGUCGCUAAAAAUCUGGAGGUCGCAGCCGUCAUUGCAAAGAUGGUGUCGGACAUUGAAAACGCAGAUCCGAACAAGCGGUCUUCUUCCAGCAGCGACAGUACAACGAAGCUCAAGAGUCAGACGUCCAUCCCUGCUAGGAGGCCUCCAGGAUCUGUGCAGAGCAUUCGCUUUCUUUGGAUUCGUUUGGCUCUCUUUGAAAAGGUGCUAGCCAGGAUUGUGGACCAUCUAGUCCAGAACAGUAGCAAAUAUUACGAGAAGGACGCCCUCGUGUCCGAUCCAGUUUCCGGCCAAAUCCUGGCUUCUUUACUUGUUGGGCCGUGCGCGCUGGACUAUUCCAAGAUGAAAACACAGGACCACUUCUGGACGGAUCCUCCAGCGGACGAACUAGUCCAGAGGCAUCGACUCUCGAGCGGCUUACCGCAGUCCAGCAGUCCAUCCACACCUCCGUCGGUUCGUAGGCCUGGAUUGCACUACCGGAGAGACCUGAAGGCAUCCGGAAGUUCCGAAGAAGGCCACAGGAACAUUCCACUGGUGGCAAGGGAUUACGUCGAGUCUCUGCAUCAGAAUUCCAAGUCGACGUUACUCUACGGCAAAAACAACGUCCUAAUGCAGCCGAGAGGGAGCUCCGAGGCCAUGCCUGGCUAUCUGUCGCUUCACCACGCGAGCGAAAGCCUUAUAAUCAAGUGGACCCCUAACCAAAUUAUGAACGGGUGCUACAGCAACAGUGACAACUCUUCGGGAGAUUCUGUGAGCAGCGGCCAGGACAAAAGAGCAUCUAGGAGCAUGUCGUAUGAGUCCCCUUCAUUUUUCCGGCAAAACUCGGGCCUUGAUUCUCCCGUUUUCUGGGAUUAUGCCAUGAGCGUAAACAUGGAGAGCAUCGUGUACCUUCAUUGUCAUCAACACUCUGACACCGAUGGUACGAUCGUGCUGGUCGGCCACGAUGGCGUACAACAGCCGCCAAUCCAUUUUCCAAAGGGCGGCCACAUGUUAUCUUUCCUCUCUUGUUUGGAAAACGGCCUUCUACCUCACGGUCAACUAGAUCCACCACUAUGGGCCCAGAAAGGCGCAGGUAAAGCGCUCCCCAAAGUGAAACGAAAGUCCAAGCCGAAAGUAGAUGCUAAGAAGACGAGCGAAGGCGAGUCCACUGGGGAGGACGGCGAAAGUACGGACUUUGUGUUCCGCGUGAUCACGUCCUUGAAGCCCGAAACCAUCGCCGAAGAACUGUUGGAGCCCAAGCUAUCUCGCGCACCAUCUUCGUGGCAACAACUUCCGAAGGACAACACCGUAGGAACGGCGCGGAUGUCGCGCCUCAAGCAUUACUCUUCUUCAGGAUCUUCUGCCUCUACAAGCGAGUGCCACUCUAUCGCAGAGGAUAGUCCAGGCCCGACUGCUACUGUUCCGCAGGAUGAACUCAAGACAGCGGUUGCCACCAAGUCCGCUGGACAGUCCAUACAGCUCCUGUGCGAUACCAUGAAGAGGCAGAUCAUAUCGAGGGCGUUUUACGGAUGGUUGGCGCACUGCCGUCAUCUUCGCACUGUCCGCACGCAUCUCUCCGGAUUGGUGAACCCUGUGAUUGUGUCGGCCACCGAGCCCUCUGAUGCUACCGGUGGAGUUACGCAAGAGGUGUGGGCAGCUAUGGCAGUGGACGGGAGGAUCGAGAACGCCACAGAGGUCUACCGUUUGGUGUACUUCGGAGGAGUGCAGCACUCUGUUCGAAAACUCGUCUGGCCUUACUUGUUAGGCCACUAUCGCCUAGGCAGUACAGAGGAGGAACGCAUUGCUCAGGACAGUAGCUUUCAAGCUGCCUACGAAAACACCAUGUCUGAGUGGUUGGCCGUCGAAGCAAUCGUGCGGCAGAGGGACAAAGAAGCCGCGACAUUGGCUAAGCUGUCGUCCGAGAGUACCACCAGUGAAAUUCCACUAAUUGGUCCGAAAGAUGCCAACCUAAGCAACGAUGUCUUUGAAGACGUGAGCAGUGACGGUGGCUCGUUCGACCAACCAGAUGAAGGUCCGGUGCAGAACGGAACGGAAGGAAAGCCCCAACGCAGAGAAAGCAGUGCGGAUGGUGAUUCUGAAUCAGGUACCACAACAGCGGGUGUUGCAAACGGCGAAUGUUCUCAGAACGGUUCCGUAGAUGCGAUGAAUGAAGACGAACUGAGCACGACGCAGAAAGCACAACGUAGGCUACGACGGCAUAAGAAAGUUGAGAGCCAAAGCAGCCAGGGAAUCAUAGUGACGAAUCCAUCCAUUGAUAUUGCCGGCUCUUCGCCUUCUUCGAGCUCGAUACCACCAGAAGUAGGCCAGCAGGGAGUGCUGGAAAAUGUCGCAGAGGGCGAAACAGGAGAAGAUCCCUCCGAGACCGGUGAACAGAAACCAGCAAUGGACGAACUCCUCCCGGGAGACCACGGAGGUGACCAGCUCUCAGUCGAUUCGCGCUCCAGCUGCGUAUCUCCAGCUUCGUCCAGCGGGGGAGUGUACUCUACCGACCUACUGGACCUGUUUUCUUUGAAUCUGCACCGCAUCGAUAAAGACGUUCAGCGGUGUGAUCGAAACUACUGGUACUUCACCAGCGAAAAUCUGGAGAAGCUGCGGAACGUCAUGUGCACGUAUGUGUGGGAGCACCUCGAUGUCGGCUACGUACAAGGAAUGUGUGACCUGGUUGCUCCUCUUCUUGUGAUAUUUGACGACGAGGUCCUAACGUACAGCUGCUUCUGUGAACUCAUGAAGAGGAUGGCAGCCAAUUUCCCGCACGGUGGAGCCAUGGAUCACCAUUUUGCAAAUAUGCGCUCGCUCAUUCAGAUCCUCGACGCAGAGAUGUUUGAGCUCAUGCAUCAGAAUGGAGACUAUACUCAUUUCUACUUCUGCUACCGAUGGUUCCUUCUGGACUUCAAGAGAGAAUUGGUGUACGACGACGUGUUCAGCGUCUGGGAGACUAUCUGGGCAGCUAGGCACGUGGCUUCGAGUAACCUUGUCCUUUUUAUUGCGCUUGCCAUGGUAGAGUAUUAUAGAGACAUUAUUCUGCAAAACAAUAUGGACUUCACGGACAUCAUAAAGUUCUUCAAUGAAAUGGCGGAACGCCACGAUGCCAAGGCUGUUCUCAAGAUCUCUCGAGAACUCGUCCUCCAAAUACAGACUUUGAUCGACAACAAAUAAGUGGCCCCUGAGGCGAGGGAACUCUGAACCGUUGGCUUGCUGGACAAUCCACAAAAUCGAGCCAAAUUUCAACUGUUGUGCUACCACAAUUGUAUUGUUGUUUCGUUGUCGCCCUUUCGACUGUCGUUAUCAAGUUUAACACCCCUGUCACACGAGGACUCUUCGAUGACCGUUGAAACCAAUGACAAUUGAACAGCGUCAUCAAGCGUGCAACGUGUGAACUUCUCAAGGGGCAUUGGAUCUAAUGCUCCUUGACACGAUGGCACGCCACACGCUAGGUGGCGCUAAGCGCAUGUUCAAUCUGGUUCGGUCCAGAGUUCAAUCCUGGUUCAAUCUAAAGUCACUGGAUUGGGGAAAGUAACACCAUCUUCUCCCUUUCCCGCCGCGACCUUGGGGCGAAAAUGGCGGCCACAGCAUGGGUUGGUAUGCUACGGCCGCUAUUUUUGCUCUAAGGUCGCGGCGGCAAAGAUAAGAGGAUGGCGGUACAUUUCCCAAUCCAGUGACUUUAGUUCAAUCGCCAUUUGUUUCAACAAUCAUCGAAGACUGCCCUAGUGACACGGGUGUUAAACUUGAGUGGGAUUAUGUUUUUCCUAAAAGAGUGACAUUAUAGAAGUAUAAAACGCUGUUGCUGCGAGCUUCGCCGUUGUGUAGACUAUGAACUGUUGCUGUGCACGUGGUUUGCUUCACACGUCGAAUGUUUGUUAUGGCUACGGUUAUACACAUGGCAUAUUUUUACGAGAGAAAGAAUGUAUUUCUGUUGUUUACUUAUUAUGGCUACGUAUUAUGUACAGCGUGACAUACUGACUGUGGCCUGGAUAGUUUAAAUUCUUCGUGCGGCUUUCCCGUCGAGAUCGGGCACUACUUUCGAUGUUACGCUUAGACAUUUUUUUUUUUUUUUGUUUUGCUGUAAAAAAAAAGUGUAAAAGGUGUAAAUACGACGUUAGUCACACGUGAAUGGGUCCUCCGCGCAGUUUGGUUGCUUCUGUAAUUCCCAGAGUUAUAUAUCAGGAACAAGCAAUGCAAUGUGUGAGUCUUUAUGUGUGCUGUAUGCCAGUCAAAAACGGGAAAAGACCGGGGGCGGAGAGGUAACGUUGGGUAGACGAGCGGUCUGCCUGGCUUUGCUCGGGGAAGAGGGGCCUACGGGAGACUGUUGUGCAACGUUCAUUAUACGGCGGUAUAAUGGGAGAGAUGCACCGUAUACACACUUGAAGGGGCGCUGCACUCUUAAAAAUUAACUUCACCACAUAGCACGCUCCUAGCCAACCGUCAUCCCGAAUGACAUCGUUCAGCCCCCUGAUUGGUUAAGAACGGGAGACGUACGCUAUUUUUGUAGCAUUAUGCAGUUCAGAAUUUCCACAAAAAUGGCGUAUGCCCCCUCCCCCGUUGUAAUCAAAUCAAGGGGAAAGAACGUUGUCAUUCGGGACGAUGGUUGGCUAGGAACGUGCUAUGCGGUGAAGCUGUGUUUUUAUACAGGUGUCUCAGUUAAAUCCCCCGGCUAAAUAAUACGCUCUUCCACUCUCAUGUCCACCAAUUAACUACGUCCUUACACCAAUGAAUUAGUUCCUUUUGCACUUCGCCGCUACCAGCCGCGACAAAAAUAUGCAAACCGAAACCAAUUAAUUCCUACAACAAACGACCCGCUUCGGUGGGAGUUUUUUUCUCUAAAAGGUGUCCACUGAAAGUCAUAAAAGGGGUAGUACCCAUUUUAAUGCCGACGGCGCCCUGCUUUAGAAGUUAUGUUUUUUCACGAAACUCAUUUGAAUUUUUAUUUAAAUAAUGAGCGGCUCCAACCUAUUCACACGGUGCGCAGGUUGUAGGCGGUAUCGGACAGAUACUUGUAAAAAAAGAAAGCACCCGUUCGCGAAUUAUUUAGCGAACUGGGACACCCGGUAUAGUGUACGCGCACGUACGAGAGUCGUACGCCUUUUUGUGAAGAUUAACAUAACUGCGUAAGUGCCACAAGAAAGGCGUGGGUCUCCCGUCUUCAACGAAUCAGGGGAGAGAACGAUGUUAUUCAUGAUGGUGGUUAUGGAUUGUGUUAUGCGGUGAAGUCCUGUUUUAAGAGUGUAUUGGAUUAGCGGUUUCUGUACCUCGGUGGUAUAUACGUGCAUUGCGUGUCAUUGUUACAUGAUAAUGUUGGCUAUGCCUGUAUUUACGCACAUUUAUGGAAACAUAUCAUUCCUCGAAUCUUUUACUAUUGCUGCGUAUUUUGUCCCCCGUGUUUUGCUUUCCUGAUUUUGUCGCGUAUUUUCUCGGUAUAAAGCCGGUCCACCGUUUUCUAACAAGAGUGUUGUCCUGUUGCCGGCUUUGUUUGAAUGGUGACGAAGCGUUCUUGAUAAUGCUUCUAACAUAAGGGUUCGAUACUCUAGUGCCAACGUGGUGAUAUGCUUGUGCUUGAGUCAGUGAUAAUAUGUUCAUGUUAUAAUACAGUGUGUAUAGGGGAAAAAAAAUGCGUGUUGCAAAGUGCGAAUUUCCACUAUUUCUGGCGUGCGUUCGAAACAGUGAUAUUUUGUGCUUCUGCAUUCCGCUCGCCGUUUCUUAACGUGUUUACUUACAAAAUGUUCUUAUCAGAUGUGAUUUGCUGGAAUAGUGGCAUAUGUGUAUGCUACGGCUUGUGAUGUACAGUUACUUUAUUUUCAUUGACUCGUCACUCUUUGGGUGUUACGUCUCGUCUGCAGGUCAUGAGAAGUUGACUGACGUUUAUUUCCCCGUGGAAUGCAUCGACUCCAUUCAGCCGUGUGUUAAUUGUCUUUCGUCUCGACAGUAUUCAGGACGCUUGAGUUGGGACAGUUAGUUGUCGGAGUCUGGUGUAUAGUCUACAGAGCGUCAAUCUUAUCGUAACGCUUUAAUGUGCGGUAGAACGAUCAACGGUGCCUUUCUGAAAACUAGACAGUCAUUUCAUGACGGGCACUGUGAACUGAAAAUUGGCUAAAAUACGGAAGGAAAUUAUGAGGCAACAUGUGGAGCCAAAGAGAGAUUGCAGAAGCGUUUUGCAACCCAGUCCGACGCAUGUGGCAAUGCCUCUUAAAAACUGAGUUACAGGCAGGGUCCUUCAGAGCCUAGACUGUUUAUGUGCCACACGUCAAAUUCUACCGACACUGAACUGAAAUCGAUACGUGCAUUAUGCUCUGAGAAGCCUUUCUUUAUGGCAUAUUCGGUUGGCGUCGCCAUUUUGCAAGUGGGCUUCGCCUCACGCUUGCGAGCGUCAGGUGAAGUGCGCUUAACAAGACUGACAUGGAAACAGCAAGUCGGCUUCACCUUAUACUUCGAAGCGUUAGGUGAAGCAUGCUUUACAAAACUAGAAGACAGACAAGUGCGCUUCGCCUUACGUUCCCAAAAGCUAGGCGAAGCACGCUUUACAGGGUUGACCUACAAACAGCAAGUUGGUUUCACCUUAGGCUUGUAAGCGUUAGGUGAAGCGCGCUUUACAGGACUGGCCACAAACAAAAAGUCGGUUUCACGAUACCAUUGCUAGCGUUAGGUGAAGCGCGCUUUACAGAAAAAAAAUAGAAAGCUGGCUUUGCCUCACGCUUAUAAGCUUUGGGACACAAAAAUAGCAAGUAGACUUCACCUUACGCCUGCGAGCGCUAGGUGAAGCGCGCUUGCUGAAUGGCGAUGCUAACCAAAAUAUUUCCCCGGUUGGCUUGAGACUAACGAUUGCAGAGGCAAAAGACCACAACGUGCGUGAAACCGCGUUUCUGCUUCGUACUUACAAAAAUUUUUUCACGUGGUUAUGCACUUAAAGCUUUUCGGGGCAAACACCUUACUAAAGCCCUACUUGUUUUACAACGUUUAGGUCAAGUUAUACGUGAAAGCACUAAACUGUACGAAAUAACGCCUUUUUGGUAUUUUCUUAUAAAUACUACCGGCUAAUCGCUUUAACGUCGUUUUGUGGAUGUGAUCAUAUUUUAAUGCUUCCAUCUUCAUCUUUUAUCCCUUUUGCGUCUCUGGAUUUUUGAGAUCAUAAAAUGUGCAAUGCUUUGCGUUGUUUCAUCGUGACAAAUGGAAUUUCCUAGUUGAUUUGAAAGCAAUGUAUAUUAAGUAUUCCUUCGACGUGCGAGAAUCUAAUGUAAACGGACGUUUAUUUCGAACACCACAGGUGUGGGUCGCCUACAAAUGACGAGAUAAGCGUAUUUUUGAAGCCUAUAUUUUUACCUUCGAAGGGCUGUGUAGUUGGUGAGAUAAUGCGAUGCAGAGUGAGUGUGUGCUGAAUGAAUAUACGAGAAUGUAAGAGAGACAAUUUGGACGUUGAACAAAUUUUUUCCUUUCUCAAUAAACGACUGACCA